AUGUAUGAACAGGUCACUAGAGGGGUGGAGAAUGCUGUGACUGAACUUAAAAGUAAAGGCAAAACUCACCUUACUGGCAAAAGGGGUGCUUUGGAAGAAAUAGGAAAUAAAGUUGCAACAAGAGGAACACACAUAGCUAAGAAAACAGAAUGCUCCAAAGCAUCCAUAAAGCCUACAAAAGGACCUAGUAAGAUGACAAAUGUAACUGUACUGCCUAAACCUCCGGCUGCUGUGAAUCGAGCAUGCAAAGAAACUGGCGUUCCGAAGGUUCUGUCUCCUGUCCCUAUGGAUGUAUCUAUGCAAGAGGAGGAUUUGUGCCAAGCCUUCUCUGAUGUGUUGCUCAACAAUGUCGAAGACAUUGAUGCUGAGGACUGGGGGAAUCCCCAGCUGUGUAGUGACUACGUAAAAGAUAUCUAUCUGUAUCUGAGAGAGCUUGAGCUGCAGCAAUCGGUCCGUCCGCAUUACCUUGACGGAAAGAUGAUCAAUGGGCGUAUGCGUGCAAUCUUAGUUGACUGGCUUGUCCAGGUCCACUCAAGAUUCCAGCUUUUGCAGGAAACACUGUAUAUGUGUGUUGCAGUUAUGGAUCGCUUCUUACAACGUCAUCCAGUACCUCGUAAGAGGCUUCAGCUGGUGGGUGUAACAGCACUGCUUCUAGCUUCAAAAUAUGAAGAGAUGUUAUCUCCUGAUGUAGCAGACUUUGUUUACAUUACUGACAAUGCCUACACCGGCAGUGAAGUUAGAGAAAUGGAGAUCAUGAUUCUUAAAGAGUUAAACUUUGAUUUGGGACGACCUCUUCCAAUUCACUUCUUAAGAAGAGCAUCAAAAGCUGGGGAGGCUGAUGCUAAGCAACAUACGCUAGCAAAAUACCUAAUGGAGCUGACACUGAUAGACUAUGACAUGGUUCACCAUCGACCUUCAGAGAUUGCAGCUGCUGCAUUAUGCUUGUCCCAGAAGAUUCUGGGACAUAACGAAUGGGGCACAAAGCAGCAGUACUACACCGGGUAUACAGAAGACAGUCUUGUGAUGACUAUGAAACAUAUGGCCAAGAAUGUGGUCAAAGUAAAUGAGAAGUUAACAAAAUACACUGCUAUAACGAAUAAGUACGCAAGUAGCAAACUACUGAGGAUCAGCACAAUCCCUCAACUGAGCGGCAAGAUAAUCAAGGACCUGGCUUUAUCACUCUUAUGAUAAACCUAGGCAGCCAAGUCCUGAUGGUAUAUGCACUUUGUCCUCAUUUGCCUAUUGAGGCAAAACUGCUGGUCUUUGUACAUAGCAUUCCAGCCUUACCGCAGACACUUCAGACUCACGCAGAAGGUGAAAUUUUAAACUUGCUUUGUAAUAGAAUGCUCUACCUAGAAAUAAAGCU